AUGGUGAACGAAUCCAAUUAGCCGAAACGAAAUCCACUACGAAUGCGGAGAUCGAUUACCAUCGCGAUUGCGUUAACGGCGAAAACGUUUCUUCACCAUCGUCAUCUCCUCGCGAAAGGUAACCCUCUCUCACACGGUCUCCGAGCAUUUUCCUCUCACAGUAACUACCGAGAGAGAUUGAGAAGCGAGCUUCACUCAAUCAAACUACACGACGCAGUCGAUUUGUUCUACGACAUGGCCGACUCUCGUCCCCUCCCUUCCAUCAUCGACUUCAGUCGAUUACUAACCGCCAUCGCCAAAAUGAACCACCACGAUCUCGUAAUCUACCUCUUCACUCAAUUGGAAAAUCUUAAAAUCCCGCACGAUCUCUACAGCUUCAGCAUCUUGAUAGACUGUUUAUGCCGAUGCUCUCAACUCUCCGUCGCUCUCUCUUUCCUCGGGAAGAUGAUGAAGCUUGGUUACAACCCCAGCGUGGUUACCUUAGGAUCACUGGUUAACGGAUUCUGCCAGGCGAAUAGAAUCCACGACGCGGUAUCUUUAAUUGAUCAGAUGGUGGAGUGGGACUACGAACCUAACGCUGUAAUCUACAACACGAUCAUCGCUAGUCUCUGCGAAAAUCGAUGUUUGAGUGCUGCGAUUGACUUUUUGCACCAUAUGGAGAACGUUGGAGUUAGACCUGACGUUGUUAGUUACAACUCUCUUAUCACUGGCCUUUUCAGCGCUGGUGUGUGGGGUUUAUCCGCGAGAUUACUCAGUGACAUGAUGAAGAAAGGGAUCAAGCCGGAUGUGAUUACUUUCAGCGCUGUGAUCGAUGCGUUUGUGAAAGAAGGACGGAUUCUAGAGGCUAAGGGAGUGUACAAAGAGAUGAUUCGGAGAUCGGUAGAUCCGAAUAUUGUUACUUACAAUUCGUUGAUUAAUGGACUUUGUAUGAACAAUCGUCUAGAUGAGGCUAAAUACAUGUUUCGUUUGAUGGUGAGGAGAGGCUGCUCCCCGAAUCUGGUGACUUAUAAUACUCUCAUUAACGGGUUUUGCAAGUCGAUGAGGGUGGAUGACGGGAUGAGAAUCUUCUUCAUGAUGGUGCGUGAUGGGUUGGUUGGUGAUAGAGUCACUUACAACACUCUCUUCCAAGGGUAUUGUCAGUUGGGGAGAUUUAAUGCUGCUGAUGAGAUUCUAUGUAGGAUGGUUUCUUGCGGCGUGCGUCGUGAUAUUUUUACUUACAACAUUUUGUUAGACUGUUUAUGUGUAGAAAGGGCGUUGGUGUUAUUGGAGGAUAUGGAAAAGAGUGAGAUGGUUAUUGGUAUUAUUACGUAUAAUAUUAUCAUCAAAGGGAUGUGCAAGGCGGGUAUGGUGGAAGAGGCUUGGUGUUUAUUUUGCAGUCUCGGUCUCAAAGGAGUGAUGCCUGAUGUUGUAACGUACAUGACAAUGAUAGUAGGAUUUUUUAGGAAAGGAAUGUGGCGUGAAGCGCAUGAUCUGUGUAUAAGAAUGAUUAUGGAUGGGUUUAUGCCAAUUGAGUGGAGGUAUAAAAGAGGUCAUUAGCAUAUAGACCUUAGAGAUUAGGAGGGGUUGAGUGUUUUCUAAAGUCUCUAGAAAUGCGUCUGACCAUUAGUUAGGCUGGUGUACGAUGGAAAGCAAACUAUAAGUUAGGCAUGAAGCAAAGUAGGUGGUCACUCGAGCAUUAGAUGUUGCAUGUGUAGUUUAUUACAAACACACAAGCUCAUUUGUUUUGUACAUAGAAAGCGAGUAUCAAUUUUAAUUCCACUUUGUGUUGUAACAUUUCAUAUACAGAUAAAAUAUUAGAAAGUAGUUUUGUCUUUUGGA